UCGAUCACUUCGAAAUCAGCAUCGGUUCUUCCAGUCUUCCUAAUCCUCCUUCUCGAAAUCAACAUCAAGAUGUCUCGCUUCAACGUCACCGCUGCUCUCCUCGCCGCCUGCCUGGUCCUGGUUAUCCUGGGUGGACACAAUAGCGCCCAGGCUGCCGUGGCCCGGGUCAAGCUGACCAAUGAUGCACAUCCCGGCAAGUGUGUGCUGGACGCCAACACUGUAUUGUCGCCUGGCCAGAGCGGCAAGCUGCCGGACCAUCCCUGUGCCGGUGCCACCUGUGAUUCCGAUGGCCAUGUGACCAUCAAGACCUGCAGGGCCGUGGCCCCACCCAAGGGAUGCAAGCAGCGUGACUUUGUGAACACCAAUCGCAGCUUCCCCGAGUGCUGUGAGCGGGCCUAUGACUGCAACAAGCACAUCUAGGUUAGGAUUGAGUCCUUUGCGGGGGUCUUUCUUCCUUCCC